UGAGAUGGACAAAAAAUGGCAUAUAAAAGGAAUCGCUGUCAUCCUCAAAAUCCAAUCCAAUCCAAUAUCAUCACUGCAAAGUAUUUUUCUUUUGUUGCACAGAUGGCAUUCACUCUUCGACUGUUGUUCCUCCUUUGUGGGAUCAGCGGACUGUUGACCGGAGCCUGGUCUUUCCAAAAUAUUCAGGCCAAAGACAAUAACUGUCCCAAAGGCUGGACCCGGUUGGACUGCUUCUGUUACAUCUUCCAACGUGAUCCGAGGAACUUUGCAGAUGCCGAGAGCGUCUGCAACAUUUUGGAAGGGAAUCUGGUCUCCAUUCACAGUUUCCUGGAAAAUGCCUUUGUUCGUGAACUGGCUGCAGCGGGUGGGAACGUUGACCAAAUCUGGAUUGGACUCACCGAUGCGCUGAUGCCUACAGACUACAUAUGGACCGAUGGCACAAUUAAUAAUUUUGAAAACUUCAUUGCACCUCCUCCUGACAAUGAUAAUGAUUGCGUGGAGCUUCGUCAGAGUGAUGGACAAUGGCGAACCGAUGAAUGCACAGAGGAAGAACAAUAUGUCUGCAUCAGAGAUGUGAUGUACUAAUCGCUCCUUGACACCUUGUUGUUGCAACGGGGUUUGCUUGUCAUAAUGACUCAGUAAAAUAAAAAUGUCUUUGUGUCUCUGAGUUUGCAAUCAA